AUGUGGGGUUACUACCGAAACCGAAGAAACUGGGGCUUGCGUCGGAAAUCUGCACCCUCGAGCGAGUUCGGAUUCGAGAUCCUGCAGGGGGCACCAGCCCCAGGAGGUGGAGGCUCCUCCCGCCCGGAGCUGCGCCCCUACCAGCUCCGAGGGUGUAGCCGGCCGCGCCUGGGACGCCCCCUCCCCUCAAAGUGUCCCCGAAUUGCACUCCCUGGCCCCCAGAGACAUUCGGGCGCAGAGACAUUCGGGCGCCGCGGCCACCCUGAGUUGGAUGUGACCGAGCCCAGCCUGGGGCCAAGUCGUCGACGACUGUUGCCCCCUCGGCCCCUUCCCACUCCCGCCUCGGCCAUGGCCCCAAGGAUGUCGGGCCGCGGCGGCGCCGCCCUGCUCUGCCUCUCGGCGCUGCUCGCCCACGCCUCCGGCCGCUCCCACCCGGCCAGCCCCAGCCCCCCGGGGCCGCAGGCCAGCCCAGUGCUGCCGGUCAGCUACCGCCUGUCGCGGACGCGGCUGGCCUUCUUCCUGCGGGACGCGCGGCCCCCACCUCCUGCGUUCGCCAACGGCUCCCUGCAGCGCUCCGAGCCCUUCGUCGUGUUCCAGACCAAGGAGCUGCCCGUCCUCAACGUCUCCCUGGGGCCCUUCAGCACCAGCCAGGUGGUGGCCCGGGAGCUGCUGCAGCCGUCCAGCACCCUGGACAUCCCCGAGCGCCUGACCGUCAACUGGAAGGUGCGGGCCUUCAUCGUCCGCGCCCGCGUGCCCGCCUCGCAGCCCGUGGCCCAGGUGCUGUUCUACGUGGCCGGCCGCGACUGGGACGACUUCGGCGUCACCGAGCGGCUGCCCUGUGUCCGCCUGCACGCCUUCCGGGACGCCCGGGAGGUCAAGAGCUCCUGCCGCCUCAGCGGGGGCCUGGCCACCUGCCUGGUGCGGGCCGAGCUGCCCUUGGCCUGGUUCGGGCCCCCGGCCCCCGCCGCGCCGCCCGCCGCCCGCCGCAAGUCUCCGGACGGGCUGGACCCCGAGGCCGCGGGGGAGAGUCAGCAGGCUGAGCUCUACUACACCCUCCACCCCCCGGACGCGUCGGGGGGCUGCGGGGGCGCCCGUCGGGGGGCGGGGCCGGGGCCGAGCGCCCGCGCCGAGAGCCCCACCCAGCACCCACUGCUGCGCAUCGGGAGCAUCAGCCUGUUCCGCCCGCCCCCCAGGAGGACCCUGCAGGAGCACAGGCUGGACAGCAACCUGAUGAUCCGCCUGCCGGAUCGGCCCCUCAAGCCUGGGGAGGUGCUCAGCAUCCUCCUCUACCUCGCCCCCAACUCCUCCUCUCCCUCCAGCCCCAGUGUGGAGCAUUUCACACUCAGGGUGAAGGCCAAGAAGGGUGUAACCCUUCUGGGCACCAAGUCACGGAGUGGUCAGUGGCACGUGACCUCGGAGCUGCUGACUGGGGCAAAGCACUCAACAGCCACCGUGGAUGUGGCCUGGGCCCAGGGCACCCCACUGCCCCCCUGGGAAGGCCAGGGGCCUCUGGAGAUCCUACAGCUGGACUUUGAGAUGGAGAACUUCACCAGCCAGUCGGUCAAGCGGAGGAUCAUGUGGCACAUCGACUACCGCGGCCCCAGCGCCCGGCCUGACCUGGAGCGGGCAGUCACUGAGUUGACAGUCAUCCAGCGGGAUGUCCAAGCAAUCCUGCCCCUAGCCAUGGACACCGAGAUCAUCAACACGGCUAUCCUGACUGGCAGGACAGUGGCCAUCCCGGUCAAGGUCAUCGCCAUCGAGGUGACUGGCCUUGUCCUAGAUGUCUCUGCCUUGGUGGAAUGCAAAUCUGACAAUGAGGACAUCAUCAAGGUAUCCAGCAGCUGCGACUACGUGUUUGUGAGUGGAAAGGAGUCACGCGGGUCCAUGAAUGCCAGGGUCACCUUCCGCUAUGACAUCCUCAAUGCCCCCCUGGAAAUGACAGUCUGGGUCCCCAAGCUGCCCCUGCACAUUGAACUCUCGGAUGCACGCCUCAGCCAAGUGAAGGGCUGGAGGGUACCCAUCCUCCCCGACCGGAGGUCAGCCCGGGAGAGUGAGGACGAGGAGGAGGAGGAGGAGGAGCGGCGGCAGAGCGCCAGUCGAGGCUGCACCCUGCAGUACCAGCACGCCACCCUGCAGGUCUUCACCCAGUUCCACACGACGUCAUCCGAGGGCGCCGACCAGGUGGUCCCCAUGCUGGGCCCAGACUGGCUGGUGGAGGUCACCGACCUGGUCAGCGACUUCAUGCGGGUGGGGGACCCCCGAGUGGCACGCAUGGUGGACAGCAGCACACUGGCUGGCCUGGAGCCGGGCACUACCCCCUUCAAGGUGGUGUCCCCACUGACAGAGUCUGUGCUUGGGGAGACGCUGCUAACAGUGACGGAGGAGAAGGUCAGCAUCACACAGCUGCAGGCCCAGGUGGUGGCCAGCCUCGCCCUCUCCCUGCGGCCCAGCCCAGGGAGCAGCCACACCAUCCUGGCCACCACGGCCGCCCAGCAGACCCUCAGCUUCCUCAAGCAGGAAGCCCUCCUGAGCCUCUGGCUCUCCUACAGUGAUGGCACCACCGCCCCCCUCUCCCUCUACAGCCCCCGGGACUACGGGCUGCUGGUGAGCAGCCUGGACGAGCGGGUGGCCACGGUGACCCAGGACCGGGCCUUCCCGCUGGUGGUGGCGGAGGCCGAGGGGGCAGGGGAACUGCUGCGGGCCGAGCUCACCAUCGCCGAGAGCUGCCAGAAAACCAAGCGCAAGAGUGUGCUGGCCACGACCCCCGUGGGUCUGCGGGUGCACUUUGGGCGGGACGAGGAGGACCCCACUUACGACUACCCGGGGCCCAGCCAGCCGGGCCCCGGUGGGGGCGGGGACGAGGCCCGGGGAGCCGGCCCACCCGGCACGGCGGUGCCGGCAGCCGAGGCCCCGGGCCCGGGCACAGCCAGCCCCGCCGUGCCGCCCACGGAAGACUUCCUGCCGCUGCCCACCGGCUUCCUGCAGAUGCCGCGCGGGCUGACGGACCUGGAGAUCGGCAUGUACGCGCUGCUGGGCGUCUUCUGCCUCGCCAUCCUCGUCUUCCUCAUCAACUGCAUCGUCUUCGUGCUGCGUUACCGGCACAAGCGCAUCCCGCCCGAGGGCCAGACCAGCAUGGACCACUCUCACCACUGGGUGUUCCUGGGCAACGGGCAGCCGCUGCGGGGGCAGGGGGAGCUGUCCCCGCCCGCGGGCAACCCGCUGGAGACCGUGCCCGCCUGCUGCCACGGCGACCACCCCAGCAGCGGCAGCUCGCAGAGCAGCGUGCAGAGCCAGGGGCACGGGCGGGGCGACGGCUCCUCGGGCGGCUCGGCCCGGGACCAGGCCGAGGACGCUGCCAGCUCGCCCACCUCCAAGCGCAAGCGGGUCAAGUUCACCACCUUCACCGCACUGCCCACGGAGGAGCUCGGCUAUAACUCAGUGCCCGCCGGCGAGGGGGAGGAGGACGACGAAGAGGACCUGGGUUGGGGCUGCCCAGACGUGGCGGGCGCCACGCGGCCCACCGCGCCCCCAGACCUGCACAAUUACAUGCGCAGAAUCAAAGAGGUGGCAUAGAGGCGCCGUCCGCCCAGGGGGUGCGCUCUGCGUGGGCCACGGCCGGGAGCCCUGCUCACACCGAUGCAGGCCGGCUGAAGUGGAUUUUGUACUCCCUGCCCCUGCAGCUUUGCUCUGUGCUGGGUGGCCAGCCUACCCCCCGUGGUCCUUCCCGCCACCUCACCCCGUACCCGAUUCUGCCACCGAAGGUGGAGGGCUCCUUCCUCAGGAGCUUGCUAGGAGGAAAGCAAUCCCAGCCCUCGUUCUACCCUUUCCAGACCUCCUCCCAUCUUACACAACCCCCUGCCCCAAAAGUGAGGCAUGGAGGCCAAGCUUGGGGUGAGGCGGGCCCACACUGUGCCCCUGCCCCCCCACGUCCCCUGUCUUCCCCCUGUGCGGGGGGGCUUUGGGGGGUCUUGUGUCACAAGCUGCACAAAGACUUUUCUCAAACCACUAUUCAGGGAUUUCUGUCCUGCAGGGUGGGGAGGCGGCGGCUGCCUGCCCUGCCAAGGAUCUUGCUGUGGACAAACUAUCGGGGGGAUGGGGGGACACUUGUAGCAUCUGUUGGCUUCCAGGUGCUCCCCAGCCCCUUCCCAGGACCUGGGAGCUCACCCUACAGAGGGGUCUUGGGCCAAGCCGGGCACCUUCCUGAGAUCUCAGGACUCCCUCCUCUGUCCCCACCGGCUGUGGGCAGGGUCCUAAAUGGGCAGGAGCCCCGGGCCUGCCCCUAGUAAGCCACACCCCAGCACUGUGGUCUGGGUGGCCCAGGGAGGCUGGGUCCCCCUGCUGAGCCCAGAGCGAGGUCAACACUGCGCCUUAGCCCUGCCCCUCCCGCUCUGCUGACCACUCCUUCCUCUCUGCAGGGGCAGCCACCCAUCCCCCCAGGAAGCGGAAUCUGGUGAGAGGGGGAGAGGGUACCAGGGGAUGCUGUGGAGGACCUUGGGACGGGCAAAGGCAGCAGGGAGCUGGGCAUCUCCCCUACCCCUCCCAGCCCACCGCCACUUCUCUCUUGGGUUCUACCCACCACUGUGUCGGAUUUUCUUAAAUAAAUGGGGGUGACCAGACUGGACCGGAGCAAUAGCUCCCGGAGAAC